AUGUCCAGCCUUGUUCCUCCGGAGGAUGCCCACGAACAGUUUCCCUGGCUCGAAAAGUGGUUCGAUCCACCCGAUCCGGCAUCGAUUCAAGCCAUCGACGACAUGAUAGCAGCGAGUGUCCUUCCUCGCGAGCUGGAUACCUGGAUGGCCGACCGCAAGAACGAUGCAUACGUCAUCGGAGCCAUUCCGAUCCCACCAAGCUUCGCUGCCUCGCCUAUCAAUGCUUUCGAGGAAGUCGAUCUCGAUGAUGAAGAUCUUUCGGCAGACGAUAUUUGGCCGCCAUAUCUCAUCUUGGAGAUGCUGCGACAAAUCAGAAGCUUGGAAGCUCACACGUUGUGGACCCUGGAGAGGUUGAGAUCAAGAGUCCUGCUUGAACGAGAGUAUGCGCGCGGUGUAUCUCCGGAAGGAAUCGAGCGUGACUUGCUUGGUCAUCUUCUUCCUCCACUUCGCUGGUUCCAUCCGCAGUCCAACCUCAACAUGAAUGAGUACAAGCGACGUCCAGACUACCUAUACCUCCACGAGGACAUGGAAGCGCCCAGUCCGGAUUCCGUCGAACUCAUCGAUGAUUUGCUCGACGCUGGGACUCCUCCGAUGGAGAUGACGCUCCCACAAGACGACAUAGAUCGGAUCGCGAUCGGAGAAUAUCUGUACUGGAGCAUCGAUUUUCUGGACGAGGACAAGAUGAUGGCUCGCGAGCUCAGCGCCAGACACAGUGCACUGACACCGCCAGAAUCAACCACCUCCACUGUAGAUGUGCGGCACAUAGCCGCGCGGUCCAGUAACGAUACUCGAGCUGAUCCGCCGAGUAAGGCUGUGGAAAUUUCAUACUGCCUGGACGAUGGAAAGACUGAAGUGCACGCUGGCGCUCAGAAGGAGCCACGACAUCAUCGGUAUCGGAGAGGCGCAGGACACUUCGGAGAAAUGCGUUCGGCCACCGUCACCCGUCGUGCUUCAUCGCAUAUUACUACCACACAUGUCGCCCGUGCAGUCUUGCUCGGUCAACUCUCACUUGACCUCCAUCGAAGCACCGCAUCUCCACCACCGCCGCUUCCUCAACUCAGCCACAGCCUAUCACGCCGGAGGCAUUCCAAGAUGUCACAAAGCACCGAAGUUUCCCUGGAGCGCCACGAUCCACAAAUCGCCAUCGACCGUCUUUACGAUCUCCUGCGGGUCCACAACCGCCGCAGCGAAUAUCCCUGGUAUCAGGUCGAGAAGCAAGAUGUAGAGCUUCUCCGCGACAUCAUCCUCAGAGUAUUCGAUUUCGAAUCCUCGAAGUACGACACUUUCAUUCUUCAAGCCAAUGCUCGAGGUAUCCGCGUCGAGACGCCCGUGCAGAACCCCAUCAUCAACCAAGCCAAGCACCUCCUUACAAUACACAACAUGACAGACGCCGCUCUGGAAGUUCCAAGCGAGAACAAGCCGUCUCCAGCUAUCGCCGCCCUGGACGAACUCCUCGCUGGAAACGCUGGCUACAGCUGGUACAAAGUCCAGAAGGAAGACGUCCAGCCACUCAAAGACCACUUCCUCCCGAUCAUGAACGAGAUGGUGCGCAAAUACGACACCGCCGUCGCCAAAGCGAAGGAAUUGGGAUUCGUCGCCGAUCGCAAAUACCAGUCGAUCGGAAUUCGCAUCAAGCAGGUCGAGACUGGAGACGAGACGAACUUGGCCGGGUUCAUCUAUGCCCUCGUCAUCAGCUCGCGCGAGAUUGUGAGGCUGACGGCUCGACUUGAUGGGAGGAGGAAGAACUAUCUGAAGUCGAGGCGUGGGAGUGAGAAGACUGGAUGGGAGUCUGUGGGAUCGGUGAGGCGUCGGAAGAAUAAGAAGAUGUGA